UUGGCAAUUCAGCCUGGUGCACUAUGUUCCAGGCAGAGAGUCCGGGCAAGUUCCAUUACCUUGGACCAAGGAGGCAUGGGGGACCACCAUGCCGUUUCCACUCUGAGCGUGCGGCCCGUGAAUGCCAGGUGCCCGAACCAGUUAACAAUCGAUUGCCGCAGUAAGCUUGUCGUCAGCUACCUAUUGCUUACCUUACCUUAUUACCUAUCCUGGCUACCAAGCUCCGUCUCAGUAGCGCCCGCAAUUGACAUCGAGCCGAGAUACGCAUCUUACCGAGUCCCCACAUCCUUAGCCCUAGUUUGGGCUCGACAGAGUUCUGACUGCAGUGCAGUGGCAGCGCAGCGCACGACGCCGGCGGCCGAGGCGACAGACAUGUCGACAUGUCCUCUCCCGAGCAGCACACUACGGCAACUAGGCAAGGCGGGGAGCACGGGAAAGACAGCGGCAAUGGCUCUAACAGCAGCCAGUGGCACGACGCAGCGCCUUCGACUUCGUCCUCUGCGCAGACUAGCGUCCAGAUGACGCCCGACACGGGCUCCGACGGGGGCUCCGACGACAACGUGCUCGUCGUGUUGCCAUCCAUGGCCAGGCACGGGGACGGGGACGGGAAAGGGGACACGCACAGGGGCCGCCGCCGUGCCGCCAACUACCACCAUGAAUUGUCUUCCGAGGUAUACGAGCUCGAGGACAUUGAAUCCGAGAAGCUGCCCACUGAACGAGCCGAAGCGGCGCAUGACGACGAGUCGGUCGGUACCGACGGGGCCCAUGAUUUCCCCCCGGCAAGCAACAGCGGCAGCGGCAGGCAGCGGCACCACCACGAGAGGCGGCGGCGGCGCGGAGCCAGCAUCAGCACCACCGCCAGCUUCCAGCUGUACACGCCAGACGAGGAAAAGGCGGUCGUGCGCAAGUUCGACACGAGGCUGGUCGUCUUUGUUGCCCUGCUGUACAUGCUUGGUUUCGUCGACCGCUCGAACAUUGGAAACGCCCGUAUCGCCGGCAUGGACGACGACCUCCAGCCGGUGCUGAGGCGCGAUGGCCUGUACGAGUGGGCCCUGGCUGCCUUCUACAUCGCCUACAUCGCCUUUGAAUGGAUGUCGCUGCUGUGGAAGGUGAUCCCGGCCCAUAUCUACGUGUCGAUGCUCGUGCUGUCGUGGGGCAUCGUGGCGUCGCUGCAGGCCGUGGCCGUCAACUACCCCAUGCUCAUCUUCCUCCGCACGCUCCUGGGCAUAGGCGAGGCCGGCUUCACGGGCGUGCCCUUUUACCUGUCCUUCUUCUUCAAGCGCCACGAGCUGGCGUUUAGGACCGCCAUCUUCAUUUCCGCCGCUCCUCUUGCCACCACCUUUGCGUCCUCUCUCGCGUGGAUGCUGCUCAAAGUGGGCGAGGCGAGCCCGAUCGCCCCGUGGCGCCUGCUCUUUCUCGUCGAGGGCUUCCCGUCGGUGCUCGUGGCCCUCGUCGCCUGGCAUGUCAUCCCCGACUCGCCGGAAACGGCCCACUAUCUGACAGCGCGCGAGAAGAAGGUGGCGCGCCUCCGGCUCCGACAUGAGAAUGGCUCUGAUAGUAGUAGCGCGGGAUGGCGAGGUAGGGCACUGUCCCUCGGCAGAAAACACGAGACGCCGGGUGGCGGCGGCGGCGACGACGACAGCGACGCCAAGGGCCUCAACACGCACGACGUGCUCGCGGUGCUCUGCGACCCGGCCGCAUGGCUCACUGCAGCGAUCCUCUUCUUGGCCAACAUGGCAUACUCGUCGCUGCCCGUGUUCCUGCCCACCAUCCUGCGGUCCAUGGGCCACGACCCGCAGUCGGCCCAAGCGCUCGCGGCGCCGCCCUACUUUGCCGCGUUCCUCUUCGUGCUCGCGACGGCGCACGCUAGCGACACGACGCGCGCGCGGGCGCCCUGGCUCGCGGCGCACGCGCUCGCGUCGGCGGCGGGCUACGGCGUGCUCGCGCUGGCCGACUCGCGCUUCCUCGCGCUCGACCCGGGCAGCAUCGUUCGCUACCUCGCCGUGUACCCGGCGGCCGUCGGCUUCUUCAACGUCGUGGUGCUCACCAUCGCCUGGAGCAUCAACAACCAGCGCACGGCGUCGCGCCAGGGCGGCGGCUUCGCCCUCCUGCAGCUCGUCGGCCAGUGCGGGCCCCUCGUCGGCACCCGGCUGUAUCCCGACGCCGACGCCCCCUACUACACGCGCGGCAUGGCGGCCUGCGCGCUCGCUAUGCUCGCCGUGGCGGCCCUGGCCGGCGCGCUGAGGUGGGUCCUCGCCAGGCGGAACAGGCUGCUCGACGAGGCCGAGAGUGCGGAGCCAGACGAGGACGCCGACGGGGAGGGCGAGGGUUUUCUGGACUCUGAGCGAGGGGUCGGGGGCGCCGCUAGGGACGCGCUGCGCGAGAGGUUCAGGUAUAUGCUCUGAUGCCGUGUCGUUGCCUGUCUCUUGCGCUUGUAUUUUGUGGCUUUCUUUUUAAGGUUUCGUGGGAAACAGCAUGGCAUGGCAUGGCAUGCUCGUGGUCUUGUGCAUGUGCAUGUAUGUACAUAUUGGCAACGGCAUAUUUAUUUAGUGUCUUUGAUAUUUUUCUCUAGAGCCUUGUUUUUUUUUGGGAGUGGCAGGUCUUAGUUGCACAAUGGUUAUAUCUAAUAGGUAUCCUAGAAGAGUGUUUGUGUGUGUGUGUAGGUAUUUGGAGAUACGUAAUAAUGACAAGAUGCAAAAUUGGUUUGGUGCCCUUGUGUCCGUCUGUCUGUCUGUCUGUCUGCCUUCGAUGCAUGCGCGAAAGAGUCC